AUGGCAGAUGGAUCGCAUCUUGCCAUGCCUGGAUUCGUACAGCUGAAAUCAGCUGAACAUCUCAGCAGCAUCUUCGAAGAGACCAAGCCCGAAGCACACCAAAAAGCAGUCGUCCAAGCCUGUCACAUUUUGCACAGCGCUUCCGCCGUGCCUGGCUGCAUGCUCCAAUCUGCAGCAAGUUUCUUAGCUGGGUAUGCCUUCCGUGCGCAGUGUGGCUCCUUCCCCUGUGCAGCCAGCUGCAAAGGUGCCGCCAACACCCGGCCGUUCAAGUUGAGCAUUGUCGUUCACGGCGCAGCUGUGGAGAAGAUUGGAGGGCCCGGGCUGGUGCAGGAUCAGCGGCCAUAUGUCAGCAUACGCAUCAACGACAAGCUUAAGGAAACAGAGUUGGGAGACUGGAGCUCUGAAAAGGAGCAGUGGUGUUUCCGAGAGGUUAUCACCCUUGAGGUAGUGCCCACAGAUGAAGUCUUUGUGGCCGUUUCCAGCAGCACCAAGUAUGAUUUCUGGCUGGCCUCAGUGCAGCUGACCAGCACCAAGAUCGGCGAGGCUUGCUUUCCCGUCUUCUCAGUUAUUCCACGACUCAGACAGGAGGACCGUGACGAAGAUGGCAUGGUCUGGUCCUCUCCCAUCAUUCCGUUCGAUGUAAGGGAUGACGGCACAACCACUGCUCGCACCUACCUCUCCUUCGAGACCACACAGGCGCCUGGAAACAACCCUCGGAGCCACAAGAUUUCCGAAGGAUGCUGCCAGAUGUCACGCAAGUGGGAUGCCGAUGACGACGACGGCCCCUACGACAGCAGCCCGAGCACUCGAGAGUUAUUUUCAGCUGCCUUUAAACACGACGUGCCGCGGGCAAAUAAACCAGUCCCGGCAUCUGGUUCAAGGAGCGGGCAGGUGAUGCAUGAUGCACACGCCCCCGGCCAGUCUCCCCUCCGCAACAUCUACCAAGGUUUCAAGACCUUCCGCUGGCAGACAACAUACGUGAGCGACUUCUGCGCAGACCUGAAGGACUUGAUGCCGUCGGAGCGAAAUCCUAUGCCCGUGCCGGGAGCAGCUGAUCCGUCCUCCACAUCGCGGAACCGAAAGUUUAAGGCCAAAGUGCCGACGACACCACCGCCCGGAGGGCGUCUGCGUGCACUAGGUGGCAACUUGCAGUGCCCUGACGCCCGCAUGCAGUUCAAGGAGCGGAUGUUGCCAGCGGAGCCAACGGAAAGACGCAGUUGGCGCAAGGAGUAUGCUUGCGGCGGCCUUCGAUCGCCGCGAGCCCGCUACAGCGCAACCAAGGACUGGGAGAAGAAGCCUCAGGAAAUGAUUCUUCGGGGUCCCAUUGUACUGGGCGAGAUCGGCCACAGACGUUCCAACUCAGUUGGGAGGUGA